GAAUUAUUCAAAAUUAAUAACAAAACUUUUCAACUUUGCUUUAACAGGUGAGCUGCUCUUUUCAUUUCAGUGACUUCAGUCCUUGCUGCUCUCUUUCAUUUCUCACAGUUUGGAGAGUCUCAAGUUCCCAGUUUUUGAUUUAGUGCUAACAAAAAAAAUCUUCAGGAAGAAAGUCAUAGAAAGGUGAUCCUUAAUUUCGAAGGCCUACAUGUCUCUGUUUCUUGAAAUCUUGCGGGCAAUAUUUGGUUCAGGGUCAAGAAAUUCAGCAAACAGUGGAUCCACAAACUUUAACUCAGUGGAAAGAAUAUAUGAUGUGUCUGGUAGUUCAAAUAGAAAUUCCAGUAGUCCAGAAACAUCUUCCUGUUGGCUACCACAAUCUUCAUCCAAAGAAGCCACAUCUUCUUCAAGUCCAACUCCAUCAAGACCUAAACCCCCAGCAUCUUCUUCUUACCAACGUCAAUCACUAACAUGGGAUAUAACUUCUUACAAACCAUCUCUGCUCUCUCCUGCACCCCCAAUUUCAUCAAAAUCAUCCCCCCGGGCACCUAAACUCCCACUAUCUUCGAACCAAGCUGAACCAUUAAUGCCAGAAAUACCCUCUUCUAAACCAUCGCCAGUUUCUCUUACAGCUCCAACUUCUUCGUUAAAACCAUCCACUCAAGCACCUUUAACUUCUUUUAAACCAUCUCCAUCACCCUCUGAGCCCCUUCCAUCUUUUAAGCCAACACUGGCUCCGGCUUCCUCAAAUGUCACUAGUCAACAGACAAAAGCCAACUACGUAUUAGUUCAAAAGGAUGCAUCACCUAUUUAUAUGAUUCCUAUGGAUAUACAAGAUUUGAUCAAGAAAGACAAGGUGCCUGGAGUUCUUAAAAGGCCAUUGUCUAUGUCAACAUAUAAGGACUAUUUUGCUGCUCUUCUUUAUGCUGAAGACUUCUAUGUUGAGAAAUGGAGUCAGUUCAAAUUGGAGAAUAUCACGUUAAAGUUGCAACAAGCAUCAAUCUUUAAACUGUCAUCCUUCUCAGAGAGUCAUGAGAAGGAUAAUAAAACCUUGGUGACAUUUGAGAUUGACUCAUGUCAUGAGAGGCGGCCAUUUCUCUUAUCAAGGGACUUUGUAUUUGCAAGACCUUCAGGAAAUAAAACUGAGCCAUUUCAGGGUGUUAUCUAUCGAGUGGUGAGGAGCACAACUGUGCUAGUUGAAUUCAGUGAAGAUUUUUAUGCUCAGCAUCAUUCGUCUCGCAGAUAUGAUGUUAGCUUCUCAUUUAACAGAGUUUGUUUAAAAAGGGCUCAUCAAGCAGUUGAAGCCGCUUCAGAUCCUUUAUUUAAAAGUUACAUUUUCCCUGAUUGUGACCUCAGAAGGAGACACCCUGCAUCAUCAACUGCCUAUUUUAAUUAUAAACUUGAUGCAGAUCAAACAUCCGCGGUUCGUCAGAUCCUAGCCUUUCAGGGGCCACCACCUUAUCUCAUUGAGGGCCCACUCUGUGUAACUAAAGCAAAAAGGAAUGAAUGUAGACAACUAUCAAAAACUGGGUUGGUUAUCCAAGAAGCAGUGCUUGAAAUUUAUAGAAGCUCUCAACAGCACCGAGUUCUUAUAUGUGCACCUAUUAACAACACAUGUGAUUUGCUGACAAGUAGCUUGAAGAAGCACAUUCCUGAAUCGGAAAUGUUUCGAGCUAAUGCUGCAUUUCGAGAGAUAGAUGGGGUGCCUACUGAUAUCCUUCCUUCAUGUAUUUAUGCAGGUGAAUGUUUUUCUUGUCCUCGUCUUCAGGAACUCCGGAAAUAUAGAGUAAUAUUGUCAACUUAUGUGAGCAGCUUCCGGCUAUGUAAUGAAGGCAUUGCUGCUGGACAUUUUAGUCACAUUUUCUUGGUGGAUGCCUCAUCAGCUACUGAGCCUGAGGCAAUGGUGGCACUAGCUAAUUUGGCUAAUGAGAAAACUGCUGUAAUAGUCACUGGUGCACCGGGAAACCAUCCAGGUUGGGUCCGCUCUGAUAUUGCUAGGAAAAGUGGACUGAUGGAUUCAUACUUUGAAAGACUUCGCAAGACAAAUCCAUACAAUAGACUAGAUUCAAUGUUUAUCACAAAGUUGGACAGCGUCGAGCGCAAAUCAGAUGAUACAGAUAGCUUUCAGUCAUUCUCCUUCUAUUAAUUUGCUCUUUCAUAAACGGCAGCAGUGUCUCCCAACUCUUAACUUUUUGGAUCUUUUAGUUCUUUUUGUGUUGUGUCUUUCAAUGUAUGUGUAAAAUCCAUGAAGUCUGCUGUAAGUUGCUUAUCACUUGCUUGUGGAUAUAAUGCUUAUAUAGUUUUUGCA